AUGGCUGGAAUUGCUACAGGGACGUUGAAGGCUGAGGCGUUUGACCAUUUUGAGCUGGAUCCUACAAAGAGCGAGUCGUCGGCCGAGGACAUCGACUGGACAGAGCAAGAAGAGACGGCCAUCAGGAGGAAGAUUGACCGGCGGAUUGUGCCCCUGGUCACCCUGCUGUACCUGUUCUGCUUUCUCGACCGUGCCAACAUCGGAAAUGCUCGCAUCCAGGGAAUGGCCAAGGACCUCGACCUGGUGGGCUACCGCUUCAACUGGGCUCUCAGUGUCUUCUACAUCAUCUACCUCCUGGUCGAAGUCCCCAGCAACAUCCUCCUCAAGCACAUCGGCCCUCGAUUCUACAUCCCUGGCCUGGUCUUUGGGUUCGGCUUCGUGUCCCUCUGCACCGCCUUUGUCAAGAACUUCAACGAGCUGUGCGUCGCCCGCGCCUUUCUGGGUGUCUUCGAGGGCGGCACCAUGCCUGGCAUCUCCUUCUUCCUUAGCACCUUCUACAAGCGGCGCGAGUUGUACUUCCGCGUCGGCAUCUUCAUCUCGGCCGCUUCCCUCGCCGGGGCUUUUGGAGGCUUGUUCGCCACCGCACUGUCUCGUAUCCCUCGGUGGGGCACCGAGUCGACUCCUAUUCACACCUGGAGAAAUAUCUUCUUCUUCGAGGGCUUGAUUACCGUUAUCAUCUCGGCGGCUGCGCCAGCGUUGAUGCCGUCUAACCCGCAGACUUGUCGUUUUCUCACCGAACGAGAACGGCAUAUUGCCCAUGAACGGCUGAUCCGAGAGCAUCGCGCUGAUCCGAUGGAGCGGGUUCAAUGGCACCACAUUCGAGCCGCCAUCUUCAACAUCAACAACAAUCUGUGCGCGGCCGGCUUCUUCUUGAUCAACAUUACCGUCCAAGGUCUCUCCAUUUUCAUGCCCACUAUCCUCGCGGAUCUCGGCUGGACCGCAACAAAGGCACAACUGUACUCGGUUCCCCCGUACGUGGCCGCGUGUCUCGUGGCGAUUUUGAUUGCAUACAUCAGCGACAAGACUCGCAGGCGUGGCAUCUACCUCGCAGUGGCCACGUUUCUCCCCAUCGCCGGGUUUUCUAUCCUUCGAUGGAGCACAAAUGCCUCGAUCCGUUACAUGGCCGUGUAUUUCAUCACCACGGGAGCAUUCCCAGGUGGACCGGGAUUUCUGUCGUGGGGAAUAAACAAUUCUGCCGGCCCAGCAGUGCGUGCUGUUGCCACAGCGUGGAUCGUGUCGAUUGGCACUCUGGGAGGUGUCCUUGCCACAUGGACCUACCUUGUCCGCGAUGGACCCCGGUACCCGAUUGGACACACCAUCAAUCUGUCCGCACAGAUCAUUGUCUUCUUUGUGGCCAGCUUUGGAAUCGGGUACAACAUGCGUGAGAAUAGGCUGCGGGAGCGAGAGAAGAGGACGCAUCGACUUGAGGGGUUGAAUGACGCUGAGAAGCGAGACCUCGGGCACAAGCAUCCUGACUUUAGGUAUAUUCCGUGA